GCAGAAUCGAGACUUCUAUCGGAGAGAGAGAGAGAGAAAGAGAGAGUGAAGGAGGAGAAGAAGGGAGAUUCGAGAGGCGAAGAUGAAGACCAAGGGAGGCAAAGUCAUGAACCCUACGGAUGCUUAUCGGAAAGAACUUCGCAAGAAGGAGUUGAAAAGGAACAAGAAAGAAAGGAAGAAGGUGAGAGAGGUGGGGAUUUUAAAGAAGGACCCUGAGACACUGAGGGAGCAGAUUGAUAAGUUGGAAAUGAUGAAGGCAGAUGGUGCUCUGGACAAAGCAAGAAAACACAAGAAGAGGCAACUUGAGGAUACACUGAACCUCGUCUUAAAGAAAAGAAAGGAAUAUGAAGAGAAAUUGAAGGAGAAGGGUGAGGCCCCAGUUAUGUUCAGUCAUUUGGGACCUCCUAGAAGACGGACGACUGCAGAAGAAGAAGAGAGAGUCAAGCACCCAAAACCUGAAGACUCUGUUUAUUAUCACCCUACGCUGAAUCCUACUGGGGCCCCACCACCUGGAAAGCCUCCCAUGUUUAAAUCAUCAAUAGGACCCAGGAUUCCCUUAUCAGCAGCUUCAUCGAGUGGUGCUGCUUCAUCCUCAAUUACAGAUUCAGAGGAUGCUGAUUUAGUUGUACCCCCUCCACCUCCACCACCUCCCCCAUUGCCAGAUACUGGUCAUCUGGAACCUGGAGAUAGCUCUGUUAUGCCAGCUUCCUUGCCUCUACCUCCUCCACCUCCAAUGCCGCCAAAGCCUGCUAUGGCAGACUUGGGUGCAUUGCCUCCACCACCUUUGCCACCUCCACCUCCUGGUCCCCCACCUAAAGAACAGGUCACAACUCACCCUUCACUCCCUCCGCCUCCACUCAUCCAACAGUCUUCUCAGCCACCUCCACCUGGUAUUGGCAGGAUGGAAGGGGAGAAGACUCAAUCUGCAACAUCUGAUGAUCAAACCUCCAAGGAGCCAGUUCAGGUCCCAACAGUGCUCCCUCCACCUCCCCCACCACCUGGCCUGCCGCUGAAGUUGGUAAGCAAUCAGACUGAAGGCACACUACCUGAAUCUGACAUCAAUAAUCCUUCAGGCACCAAGGAGAUCCCUAUGGUCCCUCCUCCUCCUCCUCCUCCUCCUCCACGGCAACAGCCUCCGGUGCCUAGACCUGGCCUGAUCCCAACUUUGCAGCCUGAUGUAUUACCCCCUGGAAUUUCACGUUUCCCUCCACCCCCACCUCCACCUCCUGGACUUCCCAGCCAAGCUGCUCCCCCUGGAAUCAUGGUCCCUCUAAUUCCAAGGCCACCUUUUGGACCUCCCCCAAUGAUGAGACCACCACUUCCACCUGGUGCUGUUCCCACCUUACAAGAAGAUGAUUAUGCUGCAAUUAGACCACCGAUGCCACAGAAGCCAUCAUAUGUCAAAUCAGCUGCAUCAACUGUUGUUAAGAGGCCACUAGCUCAGCACACUCCGGAGCUUACAGCUAUGGUUCCUGCAUCUGUACGUGUGAGGAGAGAGAUUGCUGCUCCAAAAGCAAAACCAAAACCAUCCGUUUCAACCAUUUCAACAGUGCCCGGGCAAGCAGCUCCUUCUGUUGUGAAGCCAGAGUUGGUAAACCCAUCAGCAGCCGCAGCAAGGCCACAGAGCAUUGACGACUCAUACAUGGCCUUCCUGGAAGACAUGAAAGCGCUUGGUGCACUUGACAGUUGAGCUGAUUGUAACCAGAGAGCUGUAUCUGACACAAGAUGACAGACAUGCUAUGAAAGCAAACAAAUGUGUACAGGCUUAUUGUAGAGGACGUUGGGCCCUUUGAGAGAAGAAAUGCUUCAUUGUCAGUAGCCUUGACGACCUUUGGCCGUGUCUUCCUGGAAACUCCCUUGUAUUAAGUAGUAAAUUAGUAAAUCCGUUUAGCAACUUUUUGAACUUCAUUCUUGAAAUGGUGUUAACUUUGGGCUAAUUUUCUCUAGUCAACGAGAAGAGAGCUGGGAAUUAAUCACACUAAAAUUACUAAAA